CACAUAUCACAAAUCGACAUCUAAGCCAUCAUUUCCUAGCCUGCUCUCAAAACAUCGACCACCACACAACCCUACAUACUAUAGCAUUAGUGCUGAUUCUCUGAGAAUUUUGCCAAGAGUUGAGUGAGGGAAAAUGGCCUCCACUGCAUGUUUCUUGCACCACCAUGCGCUCACCACAGCCUCUAGAUCCUCGUCACAGCGCCAGGUGGCCAACAUCAGGACCAGUACCCAACUAGUCUGCCGGGCACAGAAGCAGGAAGUCCAUGAAGAUGGUGCCAACGCUGUCUCUCGCCGGUUGGCUCUCACAGUGCUCAUUGGUGCUGCUGCCAUUGGCUCCAAGGUUUCACCAGCGGAUGCAGCCUACGGUGAAGCCGCCAAUGUAUUCGGGAAGCCAAAAUCAAACACAGACUUCUUGCCAUACGAUGGAGAAGGGUUCAAGCUGUCAAUCCCCUCAAAGUGGAACCCGAGCAGAGAAAGAGAAUUCCCAGGGCAGGUUCUUAGGUAUGAGGACAACUUCGAUUCCAACAGCAACGUCUCUGUCAUAAUCAUUCCAACUGAUAAGAAAUCCAUCACCGAUUAUGGUUCACCUGAGAAUUUCCUCUCCCAGGUGGACUUUUUGCUCGGGAAACAAGCCUACUCUGGCAAAACUGCUUCUGAGGGUGGGUUCGACACUGAUGCUGUGGCAACGGCAAACAUAUUGGAGACCUCAACACCUGUGGUCGGUGGAAAACAGUAUUUCUCCGUGUCCGUGCUGACAAGGACUGCUGACGGAGAUGAAGGUGGCAAGCAUCAACUAAUUACGGCCACUGUUAAAGAUGGCAAGCUUUAUAUUUGCAAAGCCCAAGCCGGAGACAAGAGGUGGUUUAAAGGAGCAAGAAAGUUUGUGGAGAGCACUGCUGGUUCUUUCAGUGUUGCCUAGCUAAGAACUUAACGAGGGUUUGUAGAUGUAUAUCGCCUUUAAGAUUAUGAUGCUUGGUUUGAGUUGUCUAGCCUUUUUUCCAAAGAUUCAAAGCUGGUUAUUUGAGGGAGUUGGUUGGAGAAAGCUUGUGGAUAUAUAUUUGAAUAUUUGACUGCACAUAAGAACCCUCUUUCAUGCCGCA